AUGGGGGGUAUUUUGGAGGGGUGGGGGGGGGGUAGGGGGGGGGGUGGGGGGGUGGGGGGGAUGGUGGGGGGUGGGUUAUGGGGUAGGGGGGUUGUGUAUGUGGUGUUAGGGGUUGUGUGUUUGGUGGUGGUGGUGGUGUUGGGGGAAUGUGGGGGUGGGGUGUUGAUUGGGGAGGGGGGGGGUGGGGGGGGUUGUUGUGGUGGGAGGAGAGGGGUGAUGGGGGUUAUGUUGUUUGUUGGGGGGGUUUUAGGGGUUAUUAAGGUUUGGGGGGGGGGGGGGGGAUUUUUGAGGGGUUUGAGGGGGUUUGUGGUUGAUGGUGGAGUGAUGGAUAGGGGAGGGAAGGUGGUGGGGGGGGGGAGGUUUGGGGUGGUUUUUUGGGGGAGGAUAGGGGUGGGGGGGGGUUGGUGUGGGGGUGGGUUGUUGGGGGGGUGGGUGUUUAAUUUUGGGUGGGGGGGGGAUGAUUUGAUUGGUGGUUUGUGA